AUGCCAACAGCCAUCCGACCAGCCCACAUCGACCUCGCCUCCAUCCUCGCCGACCCGAACCCCCAAAUCGACCUCCGCCUCCAAGCCUUCGAUGUCUCCACCAACAACUUCGUGCGCGCAGUCACCAACUACACCAACCGCGCAAUAACAGAAAUCAGCAAACACCGCAACGCGCAGGCCUCCGACAAGAAACGCAUCCUCGAACGCGCCCAGGCCGUCGAGGCCGACACAAACCAAUGCAAGCUGCGCGAGAUUGAGCUGCUCGCUGUGAUGAACAAGGAGCAGGACGAGAAGCGCGAGUCCGAGCAGUCCAUCGCAGCUCUGAAACGCCAGCUGGCCUCUAUCCGCGAGAAAUGCGCCUCAUUCGACACCGAAAUUCAACAAUACCGUUCUGCCACAGAGGUGGUCCGUCGAGAGAAGGAGGAAGAACGCCGAACUCUCGAGUCCUACGCCUCAAGCACCACUCCAGAGCUCGCAGCCUGUGAAAUGGUCCUCGGGUGCACAAUUACAGGCAUCGAAACCGACCGGCUGCUCAUCCGAUUCGCGCACUUGGACCCCGCAAAUCCCCAGAGGAUUUGCGACUUUGUACUCGACGUAUCCUCACAAUCCUAUAAAGUCCCGACAACGACACCUUCACUACCCGACCUUCCCAUCUUGCUCACCGAACUCAAUGAGACGAGGAACAUAUUCCGCUUCAUCCGACAAAUGCGACAAUCCUUCCUCUCACUUUACCAAGACGACGCUCAAUAGCUCAUGCAUUAAACGGAACAUACUCUAUGUUUAUGGUACUAAACGUGCACCUUCAAACCCGCUUUCAUUUAUCAUUUCGCAGACAUAGCAAACGUGCAUUCUUCAACGACUCUCACCACGUAUCGUCACUUGGCUCGUCCCACCCCGUCUUGUCUCUGAUUCCACCCGCGCUGCCCAGCUUAGUCUUAUUCCUCGACUUGCGUCCUCCCAGCUCCUUGUACAUCUCCCGCAUCUCCACCUUGCCCGGGCGCGUCGCCGCCACCUCCUCCUGCCUCCACUUCUCCUCGUUGUAAUCUUUCGGCGUAUAAUAGCCCGACGAUGUGGGCGACGACCGGCCCGAGCCACGAGAGCGCGAGGGUGGCGGGCUGGACGGCGGCGACCGGUUGACGAUGGACUGGUGAUACAUAUUUAUCUGCAAAAGUAUCAGCAUCCGUUGCGGAGCGGAUCCGGGACACCGGAACACCGCAGUGCACCAAUCACAACUUACCCAAUUCUGCUUGGACUCCCGCCUCGUCCACUUGCCCGGCGGCAAAUCGUCAUCAUGGAAAUGCUCCUUUCUAUAAUGCUGGAACCAGACUAAGCAAAACAGGAGCAACAGUUUUGUGAGUCAGAACCACGAGCGAAAGGACGCCUGUUACAUACUGUAGUUGAUCGACUGGCUUUUGUACCAUUUUCUCGAGACCCUCGCGCAGCGAGCAAGAUCCCGUAUCGAGAGAUGU